AUCUCAUCGGAUCAGACAUCACGGGCAAAAAAGGAAAGAACAUAAUAAGAUCGUUGGAGAUUUCAGUCUGUCCUUGGCUAAGUUAUCACUGUUUUCCUCAGUUUCGCAAUUCCAAUUCCCAAUUCCAAUUCCAAUUCGUCGUCAAAGAGGUACCAGAUUUGUCUUGGUAGCAGAAAGAUUCACCUCGCAGUCGCAACCGAUCAAUUGCCCAUAGCAUAUACAAAACACGGACACCAUUCUCAAUCACCAGCCUGCGAAAUCAGAGAUUGUGAUGGACCCUUCCAUUAUGAAGCUCCUCGAAGAGGACGAGGACGAAACAAUGCAUUCAGGGGCGGACGUGGAGGCGUUCACAGCUGCUCUGAACAGAGACAUAGAGGGCGAUACGUCCACAUCUCAACCCUCUGAUUCCGACAGUGUAGCUUUAUCUCAAGGAAGCAAUCACACUUCCAGUCAGUUAUUUCCACAGUGGCAAACUUCCAGCCAAGAUGAAAAUGCCAAUUUUCAAAAUCGUCAAGAUCUGAAUGGAUCCCAGCAGCAAGAUCCACAUUCAUCCGAAAUGGAGCUAAAGCAGCAUGGUGUAGGUCCUGAGUGUCAGCAGCAACAAAUUGACACCUCACAGGAAUUGAAACAGCCGCAAGAUGACCGUCAGCAACGGCAAUUGGAACAAAAUCCCUUCCAUUUUUCUCAAACACUGGGUGUUCAGAGUUCUGAAAAGAAUCCUGUCCAUAACCUAGAGCCAGACAGAACACACAAUCCAGAGAGUGAGUCUCAUAACCCAAAGUUACAAAAUAUGAAUAAUCAACAGGCAAUGACAACAGAACAGGCAACGAAUCCAAUGAACCGUGGAAAACAAGUUCCAUUUGCCAUGCUGCUUCCGGUCUUACAACCCCAACUUGAUAAAGACAGAGCCAUGCAACUUCAUACUCUUUAUUAUAAAUUAAAGAAAAAUGAAAUAUCCAAAGAUGGAUUUGUCCGGCACAUGAGAGGUAUUGUAGGGGACCAGAUGCUCAAGAUGGCAGUGUAUAAAUUGCAAGCCCAGGCUGCUCGAAAUUCACAGACUGGACCCAACCAAUUCUCAUUACAGUCUCAAGCAUCUGCGCAACAUCAUCUGAAAAUGCCACCUGUUGGUGCCCAACAGGGAAUGGCUCCCCAGUCAUUUGCACAACUUCACCGGAAGGGUGUCACCUCUCCUACAGACCCCUCUCAUAUUCCUUCUUCCACAGCUCAACUGAAGACUGAUUCAAGCAAUGCAGCGACGGAUAAUAAUGGUAAAAAAUCCCAAGAGAUGGAAAGCCAUUUAGAUUCACAUGGUAUGCCAGCAAGCCAAAUGUCUUCAUCCAGUUUGAGUAACAUAAACCAAGAAAGGGAGCGGUCCACAAUCCCCAUACAAGGACUUAGCAAGCAGCAGCAACAACAUUUGCACUUCUCACAAUCAUCUUUUCCCAUUUAUGGAAGUACAGGUGGUAAUUAUGGUCACCCAUUUUCUGGAACAAAUGUUAAUUCUUCAGCAGCAUCUCUCAAACAACAGCCCCAUGAUUCACAAAUGAGGCAGGGUCCCGUUCAUCAAAGUAUUGGUGCAACUCAGUUAGGAACAUCAACUCAGGUCAUGAAUGUGUUGAAUGUGCCUAAUUUUGAGAGGCAAAAUCCUUUUAGUGAACCGAAGAGAGUGCAGGGUGGAACUCUAACCCAUUUGACAAAUAAUUCAACUUUGCAACAGAAUUCAGUUCAAUGGCAAUCAUCAACAAGUAAAGAGCAGAAAAAUUGUGCUCUAUCAUCAAUGACUCACGUUAAACAAGAGCCAGUUGAUCAGGGGAAUGAGCAACAGCACAAAUCACAGUUGUCUUCUCCCCAGGGAUUGUCUUCUUUCUCUCCUUUACAGGUUGAACGUGGGAAUGCAAUUACAGGAACUUUAGAAGAUGAAACUCUUGAGGCGCAGCCCUCGAGGAUGUCUAUCACUGCCCAGCUGGGCCUGGACCCUAAUAUCUCGUUACGUUCUCAGAUCUCAUCUGCAACGCCUCCAGUUGGACCUGGAAAUAAUGUGAGGACACCCCCGAAAAAGCCUUCUAUUGGACAAAAGAAACCACUUGAAUCACUUGGUUCUUCGCCACCCCUACCAAGUAAGAAGCAAAAACUAUCUGGGGCCUUCUUGGAUCAAAGCAUUGAACAACUCAAUGAUGUAACUGCUGUCAGUGGAGUUAAUCUUAGGGAAGAGGAAGAACAACUGUUUUCUGGGCCCAAGGAAGAUAGUCGAGUUUCAGACGCAUCUCGAAGGGUUGUACAAGAAGAAGAAGAAAGGCUGAUUUUGCAGAAAAUUCCUCUUCAAAAAAAAUUGGCAGAAAUCAUGUCAAAGUGUGGUCUAAGGAGUAUGAACAAUGAUGUGGAGCGAUGCUUGUCAUUGUGUGUGGAGGAAAGAAUGCGUGGACUGAUAAGGAAUCUGAUCAGAUUGUCAAAACAGCGGGUCAAUAUUGAGAAGCCAGGGCACCGAACUCUUAUCACUUCAGAUGUUCAGCAACAAAUCUUGGCAAUGAACCGAAAAGCCAGGGAAGAAUGGGAGAAAAAGCAGGCUGAAGCAGAAAAACUCCAAAAGCUCAAUGAUCCAGAAGGUAAUGCUGGAGUUGAUGGCGAUAAGGAGAAGGAUGAUGGUCGUGCGAAAUCACUUAAGGCAAACAAAGAGGAGGAUGACAAAAUGCGGACAACAGCUGCAAAUGUUGCUGCCCGAGCUGCCGUUGGAGGAGAUGAUAUGCUGUCAAAAUGGCAACUAAUGGCUGAGCAGGCCCGGCAGAAACGUGAAGGAGGAACCGAUGCAGCUUCUGGUUCUCAGCUGACUAAAGAUGUUAGCCGCAAGCCUUUAUCAUCCUCUUCAAAAAAUGCAAGGGAUGAUCAAGAAGGAGAGAAAAGGGGCUCCACUGCUGCUGUCAUGACAGCUGGUAUGAAUAGAAAAUUAGCAAGGAAUCAAGUCGUGGUGCCUCAAACUAAAGUAGCCCGUACUAUCUCCACUAAGGAUGUGAUUGCUGUCCUUGAAAGGGAGCCUCAGAUGUCAAAAUCAACACUGAUAUAUCGCUUGUAUGAAAAAAUGCGUGCUGAAGCUGUAGCUGAAUAACCAUGGGUAUCAUGGUCCCAACAAGAUCUUCAGCUCGAGCACAUUGCAAGUCUUGCAAAACUGUGAUUCCAAUCUGCUGCACAUGAUUAUGAUUAUUCUUUUUUUGUUCAUUUGUGUAAUUUGUGUGCAGUUCAGAGUACUGGAAGGAAGAUUGCUAGUUUCAGCUUGUAAUGCUGAUGCAACUAGGUUCUCUAUAACAAAUGUGAUGUCAUCUGUUGUUUAUUAGUGUACUAUUGUAUUUCUAAUAACAAGUUAUGCAGUUUCUUUCCGUGGUUAACCUUUA